AUGAGUUAUUCGGAUAAGCAUAAAAGAAACACUUCUCCUGUGUUACGAACAACUAGCGAAGACAGAAUUAAAUAAAAUUCAUGUAAGGAAAGUAUAUAACUGGAUUAAUAAAUAGAUAAAAUCUAAUAGUAUUUAAGCAAAAAAUACGACGAUAGAAUGAAAUUUGUUGAAGAAACUCUCUAAGAACAUGAGGAGAAAUUUGAAAGCUUUAUUAAAUUAAUCAAAUUGCUAUAACAUUUUGCUACAUCACAGGAAUAGGAAAAUAAAAAUAUUAGAAAUCAUAUUAAUAUCUCAAUGGAAUAGUUAUACAAUGAAGAACUCAAUUACUUAAAAGACUAAAAUCUAAAUAUUGAAUAAUAAAUUUUAGAAAUUUAGAGAUCAUUAGGAGAAGAAUAACCCUAAAUUUAGGAAUUUGAAACUAUAGUUAAUAAAAAAAUAGAUGUAAUCAUGGAUGAAGUGAGGUAGAGCGCUUUAAAAACUGAUUAUUAAAAAAUAGAAUCAAGAUUACAAAGAUUAGAACAUAAUAUUAAAUAAGAAGCAUAUUUAAAGGGUAGUGACUCUGACAGAGUGUUAAAUAAUAGUUUAGUAUAUCAAAAUUAAUUAAAUGAUCUGAAGAUUGUCUUAGAUAGUGUCAUAUAAGAUUAAGAAUUAACUAAAAACCAUUUGAAAUAAAUUGAGCAUGAUUUAUAUUCCAUUAAAUAAAAGGAAAAGCAGUCUUAUUUAAGAACUUCAAUAACUAAAGAGUCUUAAAAUACAGAAACUGAUGUUAUGGCGAGUAGACCAAUUAGAGAUCCAAAAGAAAACAUUAAAAAUAAGGACAAUAAUAAGAGAAAUAAGAGCAAAUCUAGUCAAAGCAGGAGUGAAUCUAGAAAUGCUAGGUUAGAAACAAUUAAAAAAAAAAAAUAAGAAAGUGUUAAGGAUCUAAUUAAGAGACACAAAUAAUAAUCAAAUAAAUAAUAUUGA